ACGAAUUUCAUCCUCUCGUAGAAUCCUACCUAAAUGUUUGUAUCCAUCGCAAUCACAUGUGACCACAAUUUCUAUAUUAAUCUUCCCAUACAAAUUUCUUCAUCGACAAAUUCCCAUAGACACAUGCAACUUCGUUAGAAAGAAAAAAAACAGUAGCGGAGACAGACCAAGGUUGAUCAAUCACCAUGUCUGACAAAGUCAACGAUGCUUGGAACAAAUAUCUCCUUCAGCUUAAGCUUCAUCCUCUCAGAACCAAGGCUAUUACUUCAUCAGUUCUAGUUGGUUUUAGUGAUGCCGUUGCACAGAAAAUUUCUGGUGCUAAGAAGCUUCAGUUCAGAAGGAUUCUUCUUUUCAUGCUCUAUGGUUUCGCCUAUUCAGGACCGUUUGGACAUUAUCUCCAUUUAUUGAUGGAUAAACUUUUCAAGGGGAAGAAAGGCAAUGAAACUGUUGCUAAGAAGGUGAUCCUUGAGCAAAUAACUAGUUCUCCAUGGAACAACUUUUUCUUCAUGAUGUAUUAUGGCUUGGUUAUUGAAGGAAGACCUUUGAAUAUAGUCAUGAACAAGGUAAAAAAUGACUACCCUGCUGUCCAGUUGAUGGCGUGGAAGUUUUGGCCUAUCGUUGGUUGGGUGAAUUACCAGUAUAUGCCUUUACAGUUCCGUGUUUUAUUUCACAACUUUGUUGGUUCAUGCUGGGCAAUCUUUCUAAAUCUGAAAGCAAGGUCAUCAGUUGCUAUUAUCAAGAAGGCCUAGGAUAGAAUAGUCUUCACACUUUUGGAAUGGAAAAUCAAAAUCUCCCAUUUUUGUGUUAAUUCAUGGUAAUUUGUUGGCCAUAUUGGAGUUGGAUUAUUCCUACUUUUCAUUUUGUUCUCUAUGACUUAGUUGGUCUUUGGAAUUUAAAUGAGUUGUUAAGUUACUUCUCACAGUGUUAUCAAAUUAUGUCAUGGAUAAUGAAUGUUUCACAGAUUAUAUAAAGUUGGUUCAACUUCAAAUUUCAUCUCACAUGUUAUUUUGAGGAUCUUCUAAAGAACAAUGCUCUAUGCUACUACUAUACAACUUUUAGUCUUCUCAAUAAAUUCUGGCACCAGCCUUGUUGACGAGCUCAACUUAGGCUACUUCUUGUGAAUAUCUUCAACUUCAUUAGUUCAAAUGAAGUUCUUUAAUUAUAUAGAGAUAUAUCUGUUGCAAAAAGUGCCGUUGGAGUUGUAAGAGUAUUUUUCAGAAAUACACCUUCUUCUGACUUUUUCAUUGAAUAAAUUACCAUGAUCUAUCUUUU